AUGAGUGGCCACGCGUUGCCUCCGUUACCCAAAUCGUUGACCACUCGUCCCGACGCCGAGUGGACUGACGAGAGGGCGGCGGCGAAGAGCGAGAAGACCACAGAAACCACGACCUCCUCGUCGACGGCCACCAGCGGUGCCGUCGAUGGCGCCGACGCCUCGGCUGAAGACUCGGCCACUAAUAUGGGUAACAAUCGAUUGGACGAAAAGCUGUCGAUACUUCGCCGCGAAAUGAUUGGCUUAAGACAGUUAGACAUGUCUUUGUUGUCUCAGUUGAAUGCUUUGCAGCAAUCGAUACAAUCGUAUAAACAGAUCCUAAACUGCGACUACAAUACCGACGGACAGCACAACAGCCACGCGAUGGCCGGCGAAGAGAAUAUCUACGAGAAUUGUCGCCGAAUGGACACCAAUUCGGUGGCCAAAGACGGGCGCGAAGUGGAGGACGACGACGAAGAGGACGACGAAGACAACGGAGACACUGACGACACACUCAGCGAUGAACGCAAAGACAGUACCGACUCUUUAAACUCAAGCGUUUAG